GCUGAGGAGCCGCGCGCGCUGAGGGGCUCUGAGGGGACGGACUCUUCGAGAGGAGCUCGGCGGGAAGUUCGCGAAUCCCGCUGGACCUCGCUGCACGCCGGCGGGUCGCGGAUUCGGACAGGGGCGUCGGAAGUUCUCCCCGGAGGGGUGCUGGUGGCCGGACGUGUCCGGAGGAGCGAAAGCCGUAGCAUCUGUCGCCUCUCUUCGUCCCGCGGCGGCCGCCGCCGGCCGGGCUUUUGUGGGUCUGGGAGCGUGGCAACGAACUGGCAUGAAAUAUUUGAUUUUGUACGUCAGCUGACAGAAAGAUUUGUGAGCCCGAAGAUGAGAUUAUCGUUUAUCGUGUUUUCCACCCAGGCACACGUCAUCAUGCCGCUCACUGGAGACAGAGAGAAAAUCAAGAAAGGUCUUAAGGAUUUGGAGGAGGUGAUACCAGCAGGUGAGACAUAUAUACAUGAAGGACUGAAACAGGCCAAUGUGCAAAUUGAGAAGCAAGGAGCCUCGAGGUUCUCUAGUAUCAUCAUUGCACUGACAGAUGGCAAGCUAGAUGGUCAGAUUCCCUUGUAUGCAGAGAAAGAGGCAAGGAAAUCCAGAGACCUGGGAGCGAGAGUUUACUGUGUUGGUGUCCAGGAUUUUGAACAAGAACAGCUGGAAAGAAUUGCUGAUGUGAAAGAGCAAGUCUUCCCUGUCACUGGAGGAUUCCAAGCACUUAAGGGGAUAAUCAAUUCUGUUUUGAAACAGUCAUGCACUGAGAUCUUAUAUUUGGAGCCAUCCAGUGUCUGUGCGGGAGAGGAGUUUCAAGUUGUUCUUAGAGGAAGCGGCUUAACCCUUGGUGGGAGAACUGACAGCGUGACUUGUACCUAUCAAGUGAAUGGGACUACAAUCCAUGAAAAACCUAAAACAGUGGAGUCUGAUUUUUUGCUCUGCCCUGCACCGAUCCUGUACAAAAGUGGCCAAACCCUGGAGGUUCUGGUGAGUUUGAAGGAAGGCCAGUCUUUCAUGUCCAGCUCGUUAACCAUCACCGCUUCGGAGUGUUCCAGUGGUGUGGCAGCGCUCAUUGCCGUCCUCGUGCUGCUGCUGCUGGUGGCACUCGGCCUGCUCUGGUGGUUCUGGCCCCUGUGCUGCAAAGUGGUCAUCAAGGAUCCCCCUCCACCUCCACCAGCCCCGAAAGAGGAAGAAGAACAGGAGCCCUUGCCUACCAAGAAGUGGCCUACAGUUGAUGCUUCCUACUACGGUGGAAGAGGAGUUGGGGGAAUUAAGAGGAUGGAGGUGCGCUGGGGUGACAAAGGCUCCACGGAAGAAGGGGCCAGGUUGGAAAAAGCAAAGAAUGCUGUGGUGAAACUCCCAGAAGAACCAGAAGAACCUUUUCACCCUAAACCACCUAAACCAAAGCCUACCUCACCAGCCAUGCAGCAGAAGUGGUACACGCCAAUCAAGGGCCGGCUUGACGCGCUGUGGGCGCUGCUGCGGCGGCAGUACGACAGAGUCUCGCUGAUGCGGCCCCAGCAAGGAGACGAGGUACAGCCAAAUCACUUGUCUGGGGGAAGGAGAAAGAUAAAGAGCAGAAACCCUUUAUUCUGCUCUGUACUUGUAGUAGCGAAGCUGUGGUGAGAAUGUCCUCCCAAAGAGAUACCACAGGGGAGGACAGGUGACACAGGGAGGACAGUGCUGUGGCACAGGAACCUCAGCUGUUCACAGAAAUACUUUCCUUGUUUCCUGGUGUCAUUCCACAACGGGCUUCUACAGUCCUUACUUCAGUUGAAGACACCAGGAGAUGACAACAUUGCAGAAGUGAGUUUUUGAUGCAGUCAGGUUGGAAAACCUUUAAGACCACUGAGCCAGCUGGCACUGCCAGGGCCACCCAUGUUCCCAAGUGCCACAUCCACAGACCUUUGAACACUCCAUGGAGAAGCACUGCUGCUCCAUCCUGCUCAUGUUCCACCCACAGCAAACCUUACAGAGAUCACAGGCUUUGCCCCGAACAAAUUGGAGGGUUGUACUAAGCUCUCCUAAAAUACCGUGUGCUGCCAUCAGCAAAGUGUAAAUCCCUCCUUUUAGCAGUGGAGGGAUUUUUGUUUGCUCUUCUUUCCAUGUUACCCAUUCCUUUUGCCUCAGCCAGCCUGUCCACAGGCCACAGCUCUGCAGAAGUGCAAGCUGGCUCUUUGUGGGGAGACCCUGGCUGAGCUCAUGGCUCCUCUGCAGGGUGGAAGCUUGCCUUUCACCCGCUGUUCCAUGGCACCCGUGGCAGGGGAGUGGCCAUCCCUGCCAGUUUCCCUGGUCAGCAGGGGAAUGCACUUCCACUGGGAAAGCUGCUAUGGCAGGGCUGGCGGGCUGAGGCUUUCCAAGGGCUUCAGGGGUUGGGAAGCGUUUCAGGGGGACCUGGGGACUCUUUGUGCUUCUGUGAAUCUCCCGCUCAACGUUUACAUGUUGACAUUUUCUACUUAAGGGGCCUUUUGGCAUCUCUGGCAUUAAUUUAUAAUGCUGUGGUAGUGGGGCUGGAGCAUUGCAGGAGCAGCCUUUACUUUAGAAAGACUUUGCUCAGACUGGAGUCAGUGCAGAGGCUGAUCACAUUCCAGCUGCUCCUGCUGGGUUUUGGUUUCUUGGAUUUUUAAUUUUUUUUCUGAUUGUUUGGCUAGAUUCUGCAAGUAUAUCUCCUCACUGUAUUUCCCAGUAUCUUUACAUAUCACACAUUCUAAUGGAGUGUUACAUGAUACUGGCAGGAUUCUGUGCACCUCCCUGUGUGAACUGAGCCCCAGGAAAAAAGGGCUUGAAUUUGUGUACUUGUUUGCCAGAUGUACUUCACAGACUCUGAAACUUCCCUUGGUUCGUGCAAAGGUGUUUUACACAAGCAAAGUGGGGCUUAAAAGGGCCAUUUAUGUCAGCAAGGCUUUGCACAGGCAAAGGACAGACCAGCUGGAUUAAAUUCUAUUACAGCUGGUACAAGGCCCCUUACAACAUGCCCUGGGUCAUUUAAAAAUUUUAGAAAUCAUUUAGCUUCAAUCAGCCCUUCACUAACUGCAGUUAAAUGCAUGUAGCCAUUUGAGGACAGUUCACAAAGCUAUUUUUACUCAUUUAACUACACCUGUUUGAAAAUAUAAUUUGAAAUAUGCAACUAAUCACAAUAAUUGCACCUAUGAUUCAUUCUUGCCAGAGAAUUUUUGUUUAGAAGUUUCUAAUUCACCAGUGCAGGCUUUAGUUCUGUUAUGGUUUCAACUCCAAGGAGCUGACAUCUCCAUCAGUGAGAGGAUUUAGGAAAGGCACUGUUCUACCCCCGUUAAAAUUAAAUUCAGGUUCAGUCCGUGUGGCUGCAGCUUUGGAAGAUAAUUGUGCACACCUCAUUGCUUUUUACUCCUCAAUGUUGCUGUGGUCAUUUACCAGGUAAUUCCGGAGACAAGGUCUGAAUUACCCGUGAUUUCAUAAAGUUUAAAACAUCCACACCUAGCGCGAGGAUGCCGGGGCAUCGCCUCCCCCGUCCCAGACAGGGAAUCCAGCAGUCAUGGAAAAGCCCCAAACCCCGGGGAAGC